CGCCCCCCGUCCCUAUUCCGGAGUUAUAGAGUACAUCCAGUCCACAAUCACCCCCAGUAGAACAUCGGAUCAGUCACUGGUGGCUGGUGCUUCUGCAGAAUUUUCUCCAUGCAAGCUAAAACAAGCAUAUCGCAUAGUCUCAUCAGGUAGCCUGAUCUCGUCCCGUCCCCCGUGGCAGGGCGGAUCCCGACACAAUGACUCAUGCCGACUCGCCCCCGCCUCCUAGAUCGGCUGGCAGUUGACUCAAGCUGACAAACGGUGUUUCUGCUCGAGUGUCAAAGACCAAGACGUGGGGAUCUCUGGAUGAGUCCAAGACAGAAGACUCGAAGGCUGUCUGGAACUGUGGCAUGCGCAGCUCUCCACCGAGUGGCUGUUCCAGCCGACGCAGACCAGACGUGGCGGGAGUCAACCGCUGUCGCUACCACAGUAUACCACCCAUUGACUUACACAGUCAAGCCAUUCACCAUAGUACUGUACUCUAUCGUGCUGGGGGAAACACGCUACAGUCCAAUCCGUUUUCCAGAAUACACCCUCGUGCCUCUCAAGCUGUCUAGCUCUAGUAGCCUCAGGCUCUGCCUCAACGCAGGAAGCUCCUCGCUCCUCGCUUCCUCCCCACACAGCGAAAUCUUCACACGGGAGCCUCCGGUGGGUAGACCACGUGGAGAUGGCAUCCGGUGCCAGCUCCUACAUCGGAGUAGACCAAUGGGUGGAGUGCGAUCGGCAGUUGACAGGCGGCUGUUUGGGGUACGUGGUUCACGAUUCAAGGUCGGAAGCUGGUUCAUACCGGGUUCUAGCCCUGGAGAGGCAUCUGCUCGUCCUCAGGAUUGCCACUGACUUCCUCGGAAUGUGCAGAGACUAGAUGCAGUCAGGUAGUGAGCUUGUUCAGCUUCCUGGUCCAACUCAACCCUAUAUUCCAUUUCUUAUAUAGCGUUCCGGGGGAGAACCCCCGGACCCCCUUUUCUUUCAGCUUCCUGGUAUAAACGCAACCCUAUGUCCUAUUU